UGCUAGUGUCACAGAGGUAACAGAGGCAGCAUAGCUUUAACUGUAUGUGUCAGUCAGAGCUUCAUUUCUGUCAGCACGUUUGUGGCAGACAAGAAGCCAAGCCUAAGUACUGUCUGUCUACUGCUGCCUUUAGCUUAGUCACCAUAGUUAGCUUAGUAACCAUCACGGUUUGCCUCAGGAAGACACGCUUACGGCAUCUGUUGGAUUUCACUGCUACUGAUGCCGAGGUCCUACAGAGACUUGACACCACAUAGGCGGAGCAAAGCAGCCCAGACACAGGAGAGAGGGGAAAAAAAAGCAAGAGCGAGGCAGGCUAGCGCGGAGCUGCACAUACAUGGCUUGUGUGACAGCAACAGGAGCUGCAGUGUAAUAUGCUGCUAGUGCCACAGCGGGGGGAUUGGACGCUGCUACUACUUAUCACGAUCUGCCAGUGAAGGAGCUGUACGCCUCGCUAUAGUACUCGCGCUAUUCAGGAGAGCGCCUUUCCUAUUAGCAGUUCAUUGGAACAGCCUAAAGCUUCGCUCUGGCAGCAGCAGACUCUUAUCCCUGUCUAGGAUGGCGGAGGUAGACUUACACCGGGAGCGUUUGCAAGCCAUAGCGGAAAAAAGAAAACGACAAGCUGCUAUUGAAGACAAAAGGAGGCAGCUUGAAGACAAAAUUCUCCAACUGCAGCAUCUCAAGUCUAAAUCUCUUCGUGAGAAAUGGCUAAUGCAGGGAGCCCCCGCAGGAUCAUCAGAAGAGGAAGAGGCAAAAAAGAAGCAAUGUGAGGAGGAUGAACAAACCUUAAAGAUACUGGAGGAAAAUGUCAAAAGACUGGAGCAGGAUAUUGGACAACUGGAGAGUGAGGAAUCACUCAUAUCUGCUAAAGAGCAAAUCCUCAGAGAAAAACUAAAAGAAACAGCAAUAUCUUUUGAAGAUGUGCAAAAGAGUUUGUCAAACCAGGAGACAGAUGCUGUGAACUACAUUUACUCUCAGAUCCCUGACCUUGCAUCCUUCAACUUGCAAAAUACAGAAACAUCACUUUCUGGUGAGGGAACGGCAAGGGUAGCUGCCUUAUACGCCAUGGAAAUUAAUGUGGAGAAAGACAGAAAUACAGGCGAGACCAAGAUUGUCUCUGCAUCAGCCCUUGACCCAGAGGGGGUUCAACAAAGAGGAGUAAAGGUCUAUGAUGAUGGUAACAAAGUAGUCUAUGAGGUUCACCAUGCUGGUGGUGUGGUAGAGAAUGGCAUACAUAAAUUGAGUGCAAGGGAUGUAGAUGAGCUUAUACAAAAAUCACAAUCAAACUUGAUAGGAGGGCAAGAAAAAGAAUGUUUGCCAGAAAGGACUGUUACAAUUGAGGGAAAUCCUAGUCAUGUAAAAGAACAAAUGCACUUUAAGGAAGCAAAAUUAGAAUUGGUACACAAAUCAAUCAAAGGAGUUCCUGUAAAACAUGGACAGUAUGAUAGAAGCAGUGAAAAUACAGGUAAAGAUGCAACAUUAGACCAACCCAUAACAAUGAUCUUCAUGGGCUACCAAAAUAUUGAUGAUGAAGACGAGACAAAAAAAGUGUUGGGCUAUGAUGACACCAUCAAAGCAGAACUUGUUCUCAUUGAUGAAGAUGAUGAGAAGUCUUUGAGGGAGAAGACAGUUACUGAUGUGUCUACUAUGGAUGGAAAUGCAGCAGAACUGGUCUCUGGGAAACUACUUACAGAGACCACCGAGCCCUCUUCACCAGAGGGCAAAGAAGAAAGCCUUGCUACUGAACCUAUAGCAGAUGUAAAGAAGAAAACUGUACAGUUUAAAGGCCCCGAUGACUAUGAGAUAGAAGAAAGUCUCUUACAGCUGAACAAACCACAAGUUCCAGAGGAUGAUCUCAACUUGAAGGAAAAGGAUCAAACUAGUGACAAUUUUUCAGACCCUGCAAGAUUAGUGAUAAGCAAAGAAACAAUGGAGAUCGAUGUUCCUGUAUCAGAGCACAAAGGAAUCAUACUGAUAAACCAGGAUGGUUCAGCUCAUGAUCAGUCUGUUUUCCUUGCUGUUGUUGCAAACCAGAAUGGAAUUAAGAACAGACAUGAAUCAAUUGACAGUGAUGUUGCUCAGGAGAUCCAGUAUCUAGAUGAUGUUUUGGAAGCAAACUGCUGUGAUACUUCUGCCGAUAAUACUAUGAAUGGGUCACCAACUCCUGAACUUUGUACAGUUGGUGAAUCCAGUUCAUAUGUUAUUGUUACAGCUCCCUCUGCUUCCAUUGUAAUAGAAACAAUAGCAGAGGAACCUAAACAGGCUCCUGUGGUAGAGAUUACAGAGGCCAGUGAAGUUAUGGAUCCUGUUAAAAUGAAUGGGCAUUCUCAAAAUGGAAAUAAAGAUGAACCUUUUGAAGGGUAUACAUAUCCAGCAAGUCCAAAUUCCUCUAACAGUUCAAGAAGGUCAUCCAAGGAUGGAGACAUUUUACCAAAAAUAAUCAAAAAAGAGGCAAAAUUUGAGUUGCGCACAUUCCAUGAAGAAAAAAAGCCAUCAAAGUUGUUUGAUGAUUUUAAUGAAAAAGAACACAUUAGAGUGAGAAAAGUCAGACCUUCAGAAGAGGUACAAGAGUUGGAAAAGGAAAGACUUGAACUCAUUAAAAGUCAAGCCGUGAAAAAGAAUUCUGGUAUUACAACAAAGUGGUGGAACCCACCACAAGAGAAGACAAUAGAGGAGCAGUUAGAUUCAGAUCAGUUAGAAUCCCAUCAGAAAUACAAAGAGCGUAAACAAAAACUGCAGCAACAAGGAGGGUCACCUCCUGCAGUAAAAGCUAAUCAUCUUCCCCCUGUACUUUCAGAAACUACUGCUGUGAAAAAGGAAGACAUUGUCACAGAGCAAAUUGACUUUUUAGCUGCAAGAAAGCAAUUUUUGAACAUGGAAAAUACAAAUCAGCCUAACUACAAACCCCCACCCAAAAGAUCAGUUAGUGCAAACCUUUUCACUGUAAGGCCUUUUUAUAAAUCAAGUGAGGCCAGCAAAUCAUAUUCAUGUAUCACAGUGACAAAUCCAUCAGUACCAUGUGUUCAGAGUGUCCAAGGCGAAACACCACUUGUAAAAGCUGAGAGAGUAAACUGUAUUUCUGAGGACCAACCAACAAUGAAUCAGAGGCUUAUGGCAGAUGCUUCUCCUGAGCCUUCAGCUGACAUAGACUUGCAAGAUGAAAAAGUAUCCAAAAGAUCUGCAGAGGAAUUUGUAAGUGCUACAGCAAGCUUUACUGUUUUAAAGGAUGAUGAUAGUGACCUAUCAGACCGUUUUGUCAAGUCUGUCUCUGUAUCCUUCCUACCUGAAGAGCAGGACUCUGGUUUAGAUGACCUGUCUAUAAAAUCUCAGGAUACUACAGUUAUGGAAACACUUUCAAAUUACUUUAGUAUGGACAAUAUCAGUGACAGUGGAGCAUCUAAUGAAACCAUGAGUGCUCAGCAUGAUUAUUCCCUUGGUGACUUAUCUCAGCCCCAAACACCAGUUAAUGACACUCUAAAUGAAUACAUACUAGAAGAAGGCUCUAAAUACGAUCAAGGAUUUUAUUCACCAUCUUCCAUGCUGCAGGAUAUUGAUGAUCAGUUAGAUUAUCAUGCAGGUGUUUUGGUUCAGAAUGUUAUUCAGCAAGCCUUAGCAGAGAAAGCUGGGUUUAAAGACUCUACACAUUCUGAAGAUUCAGACAAGAGUAAUUAUUUUGAUGACAAUGAGCCAUUAACAGAGAAAAGUGAGAUUCAGAGUUGUUCCUCGCCACCAGUUAGCCCAGGGAGAGACCAACGUGAAGUAUUUGAGCCUCCUCAAGUUUCCUCUCCAGUCCAAGUAACAAAGGCUAUAACAAUACCAAAGACCUUUGAAGGUGAAAACUUUCAGCUAAAGCAAGACAAUCCUCUAUCAACAAAAAGUCUUUCACCCACUGAACAAAAUUGCACUGAAGAACAUAAGCAAGAAAGCUACUUCAGUAAGUACUCCCAAUCUGCUGAAUUGAGAAGCACUGCUUCAAUAUUGGCAACACAAGAAACCGAGAUUUCUGUUGGCCCUUUUAAACUAAGGUCAAAGAAACAAAAAACAUUAUCAAUGAUUGAAGAAGAGAUCCGAGCUGCUCAGGAAAGAGAGCAAGAUUUGAAAAAACAGAGAGAAAGGCAGAGUAUUCAAAGUCAGCAUAGCCCAUCAAAUAAGAGUGCACCUGUACUGCCAACUCGAACUGUCUCCUACAAAACUGCCCCUGGAAAAAUUGAAAAAAUAAGGAAUCCAUCCUCACCCAGGGGAGAAUCUUUUCCCAUACAACCCGACCUUUUAUUAGAAGAAGCUACUGGGUCCCAGCGUCCUAAAAAUCUCAUGGAGACACUCAUGGAUGAUUUUGAAAGUCACAAAACCAAAAGACGAGACCGAAUGGAUGAUGCCACUUACACCUGUAAAUUACUCUCUAACAGACUUACUAAUGAGGUGCUUGAUGCAGUGAGAGUGAACCGCAGAAAGAGUGCCCUUGCUCUAAAAUGGGAAGCAGGAAUAUAUGCCAACCGAGAUGAUGAUGAUGAAUAAAAACUCAUUUUGUUUUGCCGUUUAAAUUACCAAAACCAAAAAAAAAACCCCAGAUAAUCAUAUAUUUAUUAAACAUAGAGCAACUUCUGCAAUGCAUAUAGACUUAAUGCAGACUGCGCUUGAUAAAGAUUUGGAGGCUUGGAGAUGGCCACUUGCUCAGCUUGAAGUGGAAGCUCAGGAAAUGGAAAGUUAUAUGCAAAAGAAGCAACCCUGCUACUAACCAGGGCACAGCAUGGAUGUGCUCAAAGCCAAACCUACAUAGUGCAAUUGCUUCCUACCAGAAUAUGCAUCUUGGAUUGUUUUGUUAGAAGGAUACAGCCCUAACACACAGAUUUUAAUCUCAGUGACUGCAAUUUAUCGAUGGUCAGAAUAUACUUUCUUUACCUUGGGAAGAAAAGUGUAUGCAGCCAUGUCUUCCCACAUUUCAAAAGUUUUACGUUGAGUUUUGUUAAAGGUUGCUUUGGGGGACAUAAAUGCUUUUAAAUUACAUUAUUUUGCAAAAAUCUUUAUUGCUUUGAUAUAUUUCUAUAAAUUACUCCAAAACGUUGGGAAAAGGAUACUAUCUGGUUUGGUAAGCUAAUGUGGAUUCUGGAGUCCAAAGCCAUCUAAACAGGCAUUGACAUAUACAUACAGUAAUUGAAAGCACAAACCCAUAAUCAUAAACUGUAUUCAUUCUCUGGCACAUCUGUGGCUCUCAGAGAUGAACAGGUUAAAAAAAAAAAAAGCAUUGCCUAGUUUUUGCAGCCUUUUGCACUGGGGUCCUAAGUAAAAUUGAAUUUCCUAAAGGAAGGAAGCACACCAAUACCUUCAGCAAUGCCUUUAAAUCAUUUCUUCAGGCACAAGCUUUCGGGGAUCAGCCCCUUCCUCAGGUGCAACCCCCGAAACUGUUGAACCCCGAAUGAGUGUGCCAUAUUAUGUUGAAUAAAUGAUUUAAAGGUAUUGCCAGAGGUAUUGGUGUGCUUACUCCCUUUGGGAAAUCGAAUAUGAUGACUGAUUUGGAAGUAACCUGAGGAGUUGAAUGCACCUGAAUAAAUGAAGUGGUGUGCCGAAGAAAUUGUAUAUCGAUAUACGUUGCCCUAAGUAAAAUCCCAUGUGACAAGGUUUUAAAGCACAGAUACUUAUGGAAUUUAUACAAUGCACCUUUAAUUAAUACAGUAGUAAGGGGGUGCAGUCAUAUAUCUUUAAGUGUUAACUAAUAACCAAAUGUGUAUACUUAAUGUUCAGCACACCCUGUCUACUGCCUGACCUGAAGCUGGGGUUUUGUACAAGGCCCUCUUGCCCAUGGUCCAUUUCCUUCUGACCUUAAUCAAAAAGGGGCACAGAAACAAAAACAGAUUUUCUACCAAAGGUGACUGCAUUCCACCAGUGCAAGGAGCUUAGGAUAUAACUAGGCCUGAUUCACACUGCUGUCCUAUGGGAGUCCAGAUCCAUACAUAUCCCAUUCUAAUUUACUCACAUGUUUAUUUGCUGAAGAACAAGACAUUGAAUAUUGACAUCCUGACUCCACAUCUGAUCUACUGGGAUUAUCCUACCGCAAUGUUUGGGAGUGGCCAUUAUAAAUGGACGAUUUGCUGGUGGUUGCAGUGCAAAAGACUGUGCAUAAUAGUGACAUUCAUGGGUUUUUUCAGGCUGAGGACUAACUCAGCCGUUUUCCUUUCACUUGCUUAGCACCCUCCCAAAACGUGUGGGUGCCUCAUACUGUUUUAUAAAGAGGGAAGCCUUUUUCAUUAACAGGGCAUGCUCUUGUGUUUUAAAGCUACCCAAACAAAGUACUUGCACAAGCCACAAAUGCAAAGAUAGCAAGGGAUUGUAGGAAACAGACAUGAUAUUUAUUCUUGUGUUUUUAAUCAUAAUAGUAUAUAGCAUACAACUGAGUUAGCAUAUGGAGCAGAAAUUGUUUAUAUCAUAAGAAACAGGUCUCCAAAUAAAAUGUAUGUUGUCCUUUAUUUGCACCAGUAAAUCUACCCUGUAAACAGUGUUAUAGACUGACUCCUCAGUAUUGUUUGGUUUCAUUACUUCUGCCAGUACAUGAGGACCCUUGAACAUACUUAAUGCCAUAUUAGGGCUUGAUUUGCUUAAUUUGUUCUUGUCCCACUACAUUCUAAAGCUUUCCCUGUUUCAUUACCCAGAAGCCACCUAAAGUCUAUUAAACAUUUUCAGUAUUGAAUGCACUGUUUGCUUAUUUUUGCACUGUUAACUAUAUAGGCAAAUAAUUAUUGGCUAUUGCAAUUAGGGAAAGGCUGUUUCUUUAGAUCCAAUUAUCUUGGGCAGGAAUGUGCAAAGAGCACCCAUCACCCCCUUACAAAUUGCAUAGGUUGGGCCCCUGAUUUAGUAGCUGGAUACAGACGAAAAAUGCAGUCAUUGCAAAGGACCUCAAUAUUGCAGACUUCUCAUCUGUAGUCAUACCUCCUCCUGUCUGUGUUGAAAGCCUGGUCAACCUAAAGGCCAUUUCUGUUCAUCCUCUCCUAUGUCAACCAUCAACAGUGGUGCAAACUGCAGUUCUGACUUAUAGAUGGCAUGGCUGACAACAAUUUCUGCUCCAUAAAUACAUAACACAUACACACCAUAGAGAAAAAGUAUACCUUGUUAACUGUUUCCACUUAUUUUAAUAGAAGAUAUUAUAUAUAUAUAUAUAUACAUAAGGAGUCCAGAAACACUACUGCAGUGCAAUUGCUUGCUGGCUGUAGCAAUUCUCUUUAACUUCCUGCAGGAAGACUGGCUUAAACAGUGUGCGAUACCAAAAAAAAACAAAAAAAGAGAUACUCUUGUUUUUGAAGCUACUUAUUGAUUGCAAAAAUAUAUAAAUAUAUAUAUAUUAAAAAAAAGGUGUUUUGCAGCAAGCUGCCAAUUAUAUCUUGUCCUUGUGUUGCAAAGAAAUAAAAGAGUUAUCUAUUUGAUGGCUGAAAAGCACUGAGGUCUAACUUGGGACUCUCAAGCUGAAAUGCAGUAGGGUCACACAGUUGACAUCCCUGUUUUAAAGGAACAUUAAUGCUAUUAUUGAGUGUUAUAUGUAACAUACAGAUCAGUGCAUUUGCUUUUACAUAAUGUGGAAGAGGAAAUAAGAAAAACGUACACUUGUUCCCUUACUUCCCUUUUCUGUCUCAUCUAGUGAGAGGGAAACCAAAAGAUAAUGGCUUUCCUCCAAACACAGAAGGUAAUAACUUUUAUCGUUUUAGUUUAUGCCUACUCCUAUUUUCCAUAUAUGUCUUUGGCAUUUACAGUAUGUAAAAGUAUAUCCUCACGUCAGUGUUCCUUUAAUUCAGAAAGAAGCAAUCAAAUGGUGGCUAUGUUUUAAUGGCAUACAAACCAAUUGCAUUUUACUUGGCUUUAUGUAUAUGUUAACCACUUACAUGUUACCCAGCUUUUGUUUUAUAGUGACUGUGAGGCAUACAAUGCGAUUAUAUAAUUAUUUUCUCAUUAAAACACAAUCUUGA